AUGGGCAUUUCAAAUGAAAAACAUGGAGUUAGAGAAUUGGGUGAGGCUAGUGGAUCCAACGUUACUGAUGAUGAAAUGGAUUUACUCCCUAUGUUUUGUGAACAUGAAGAAAGGACUUUGUUGUCUUCUAGAUGGGUGAAUGGAAUUACUCAUGUAGGUCAAAGAUUUGUUGGAGGAUUUGAGUUUGUGUACGUGAAAAAUGAGAAGUGUCGAGUCACUGCUGUGUGUUCAAUGCGGGAGUCCAAAGGUUGUUUAUGGCGAGUACAUGCAUCUCUAAAGAGUGCUAAUAAUUUUUUCUACAUUAGGACUCUACAUGAUGAGCAUAGGUGUGGACCUGCAGUUCAUACUUCUAAAAACUCAAGGAUGAGUUCAAAUUUGGUUGCAAGUUUGAUUGUUAAUGAAGUUCAUGCGAAUCCCCAAACUCGUUCAAUUGAUGUUGUGCAUCAAUUUACAGAUAAAUACGGGCUCACCAUUACGCACAAUCGUGCUUGGUUGGGAGUUGAGAAAGCUAGGACUACUACUUUUGGAGAUUUCUCUAUGUCUUAUGAUGAGAUUCGAUGGUAUAUGGAUAUUGUGAUGAGCACAAAUCGUGGUAGCUAUUUGCAGCUUGACUAUAACCAUCAAAGUGGACAAUUCAAGAGGAUUUUUGUUGCAUUUAAUGCUUCCAGUCAAGGGUUUACGCAUUGCCGUCCUUUAUUGUUUAUCGAUGGUACUUUUCUAAUACAAGGGCACCUUGUUAAUAAGGAUAGAGAUCAAGGUUUUUUCCCUCUUGCAAUGGGAAUUGUCGAUACAUAG